UUCCCUGUAACGACGGGGACAUGUUAAUCAGGAAACACAAACUGAUGUUUUGGUUUGGUGGUUCUUCUCACUCUUGCAAUACACGCGUAGUGGAUUGACUGGUUUAAUUUUCAUUUUGGAAAAAUAUAUUCAGGCAAGUGUUGUUUUAACGUUAUCUAACAUGCUUCUUUGGGAUGUUUGAUGCGAGCUGAAGCAAACGAUGGGUGACAAGCAUAACGCUGAGGAUGCGUUUAUCGUUGUCAUUCGCCCGAAGAAUAUAGUCAGCCUGAACUGCAAAGAAUACAAAGCUAAAGCUUAUGAAAUACUUUUGAUAGAAGUCCCUCUAGAAGGAAAGGAGAAGAGAAGGAAGAAGGUUCUGUUGGGGACCAAAAUCCAAGCAGACAGUGACAUUUCCAGGUCUAUUCUGGAAUAUGUUGAUGAAACAACCAAACCUAUAUCCAACAACCAGGGUUUCAUAGGAAAGCGUGUGGUGCACAUGAAGAAAUUCCCUCUCGAUGGGGAAAGUGCGGGAAAAGAAGCCUCUUUAUUUAUUGUGCCAAUCAAUGUCAAAGACAAUAGUAAGCCCAUAUGCAGUCCUGGGGCUCCAAGUUUCUAUUGCCUUCAAGAUAUCAUGCGUGUGUGCAAUGAGACCAGCACCCACUUCUCGUCCAUGACAUCCAAGAUGCUUCUAGCCUUGGACAAGUGGCUGGCAGAACAGCACAUGGUUCCUCACGCCAUCCCUGCCCUGUUCAGACCCACCCCAGCAGACAGGGUGAAGAUGGACGUCGGCAACCCGGCUUACGGCACGGAAAGCAAGCAGCACGACGUGACGCUCCACGUGGGCUACACGGCCCUCGAGAUCAAGAGCAAGAUGAUGUCCCUGGAGAAGGCGGACAUGUGCAUCCAGAACCCUCUCUAUGGCUCCGAUCUGCAGUACACAAACCGAGUGGAUAAGGUCAUCAUUAACCCCUACUUCGGCCUGGGCGCUCCGGACUACUCCAAAAUACAGAUUCCAAAGAGGGAGAAGUGGCAGCACAGCGUGAGCAACGUGGCAGACGACAAGGAGCGGCAGUGGGUGGACGAUUUCCCGCUGCAUCGGAGUGCGUGCGAAGGGGACACGGACCUGCUUUCCAAACUGCUGGACAGCGGCUUCUCCGUCAAACAGCUGGACAGUGACCACUGGGCCCCCAUUCACUAUGCGUGCUGGUACGGUAAGGUGGAGGCCACCAAGAUGUUGCUGGAGAAGGGGAACUGUAACCCCAACCUGCUGAACGGGCAGCUGAGCUCGCCCCUGCACUUUGCGGCUGGUGGGGGCCACUCUGAGAUUGUCCAGCUCCUUCUGCAGCACCCCGAAAUAGACAGGCACAUUGAAGAUCAGCAGAAAAGAUCCCCGUUGCAAGUCUGCGAGGAGAACAAGCAGAACGAAUGGGAGGAGGCAGCGAAACUGCUCCAGCAAGCCAAUAACAAGCCCUACGAGAAGGUGCGGAUCUAUCGCAUGGACGGGUCGUACCGCUCGGUGGAGCUGAAGCACGGGAACAACACGUCGGUCCGGCAGAUCAUGGAGGGCAUGCGGCUGUCUCAGGAGACCCAGCAGUACUUCACCAUCUGGAUCUGCUCCGAGAACCUAAACCUGCAGCUGAAGCCGUACCACAAGCCCCUGCAGCACCUGCGCAUUUGGACGGAGAUCGUCUCGGACCUCACCGUGCUGGACCCCCAGCGCGAGACGCCCCAGCUCUUCCUGCGCAGGGACGUCUGCCUCCCUCUGGACGUGGAGAAGAAGGUUGAAGACCCGCUGUCCAUCCUCAUCCUGUUCGACGAGGCUCGGCACUGCCUGCUGAAGGGGUUUUACCCCUCGCCCGACAGCAAGCUCAUCACGCUGGCCGGCCUGCUGCUGCAGAUCAUCUACGGAAACUACGAGAGCAAGAAACACAAGCAGGGGUUUCUCAAUGAGGAAAAUCUGAAAUCCAUCGUUCCAAUAUCCAAGGUAAAGAGCAAAGCACACCAUUGGACGAACAGGAUUCUUCAUGAAUACAAGAACCUCAGCACAAGUGAGGGGGUGAGCAAGGAGAUGCACCACCUCCAGCGCCUGUUCCUGCUGAACUGCUGGGACAUCCCCACCUACGGCGCCGCCUUCUUCACCGGCCAGGUCUUCACCAAGGCCAGCUCCAGCAACCACAAGGUCAUCCACGUGUACGUCGCGGUCAACGCCAAGGGCCUGCACCUGAUGAACAUGGAGACCAAGAUGCUACUCAUAAGCCUGAAGUACGGGACCUUCAUGUGGCAGCUGGGUCAGGCGGACCAGUACUUCCACACCCACAGCCCAGAAAACAAAAUCAACUUCAUCGUGCACACCAAGCAGGCUGGUCUGGUUGUGAAGCUCCUAAUGAAGUUGGGCGGACAAAUAACACCGAAUGACCGACACUUGGACAAGUAUGCAUAUGUAUAAUAUAUGUCAUUGUAAGUCAAAUAUAUUGCCUUGUUCUAUUAUGUUUUUUUAUUUUGUCGCUAGACCAUUUUUCUUUUUGGAUAAUUGAAACCUUCUGAUAUUCUGUAUCAGAUUUUUUUGGGAUGGAAAUUGGUAAUCCACGGUGACACGGUUAAACAUGAAUAUGAUGUAAAACAAUCGAAUUUGAAUUUGGUAAAUCUGAAAUCGUAUUUCAUAAUUUGAAAUUGUACAUAUCGUUUUGAAAUGGUUGUUUACAUAGAAUUUGCAUUUCAUAAUUUGAAAGUUUUAAAAAUGAAUGCUGUGAUUUGAAUCUGAAUUUCAAAAACCUGAACUUGAAUGGAACCCAUUCUAAUGAAUGUUUUUCAGUUUUCAGUUUCAGUUCAGUUAAAUGUUGAAUUUGAAACUUGCAAAGCUCUAUUCAACCUUUCAACUCUGAAAAAUGACACAAUUUCAAAUCCGACUCACAAAAAGUUUUCAAAUCUCCAGAAGCUUUUGAAUCUCCAAAGCUUUCAGUUUGUGAAAAUCCAGGCAUUUAGGAAAAAUAUGUUCACAGAUAUCUGCUGGAACACGUCACUUGCUUCUGAUUGGCUAUUCCUGAGGGCAGGAGGCUUCUGCUCCGAGCGGCAAUGAUCUGUGAAACUUCGCAAAUUCUGUCAUGCUGACUACGUACUUUAUUAUUAUUAUUAUUAUUAUUACUAUUAUUAUUAUUUUCACACCUUAGCAAAUGUAAAAGUCAUCAAAGCUACUGUAUUUAUAUUUUAACUGCUAGUCAGACUACUGUCUGUCUACUAUGUAAGUUAGACUAAUGUCGUUAUCGUUACCUUGGACACUUAAAAGCUUUUGGAGGGUUGAAUUGAAUUGGAUCUGUUCGAGAGUUGGAAGGCUGAAUAGAGCUUGCAAAUUUGAAAUUAUUUUUAACUUAAUGAAACUGAAGACCGAAAAAAAAACAAAUUAUGAAAUACAGAUUCAGAUUUACUGAAUUCUAAUUCAGUUACUGGUGGUGCACGAUUACACUGUACAUGAAGAUCUUUCUACACACACUUCUACUGUAACUCAUUGAACAAUUUCAUAAUGAUCCUGUUUUACUUAUUUUAUUUUGAGGUUUCUAUCUCAGUUUUGUAUAUCAGUUGUGUACUUCAGUAUUUUUAUUUCAUUUUAAGAAUUCCAUGUACAGUAUAUGUUUAUUUAACAUUUUAUCUAUCUCAUGACGUAUCUCAAUUCUCUGUAACUUCUGCUUUACUUGCCUUAUUCUACUUUAUUGCUGCACAGUUCAGUUGGGGUUGCGUGUUUUCAAACAUGCUAAAUCCAGCUUGGUGUUAUCCGUAGUACAUUAAGACAUCAAACCAAGGGAAAUAGUUUUGCUACUUCAAGAUGACUAUCUACCUUUCUGGUAAACCGGUACAUAAAGAGUUAAUGAAUUUUGUUUGAUUGGUUUGAUUUUGCAUUAAAAAUUGCCAGGGGCAUGGUGAACUCUGUUACUUUACACCAGGCUGGCCAGUGGAGGAUGGGCUCCCCCUCUAUAGCCAGGUUCCUCUUGAAAUUUCUUCCCAUUUGAGAGUUUUUUCUCUCUACCGUUUGAGGAUUUUAUCCCACUGUGAGUUUUUUUUACCCUAUGUAUUUGCUCUUUUUGCUCUGUAAUGUGUCAUUGCGACAGUUCUCUGUAAAAAUAAAAAAAAGCGCUAUACAAAUAAAAUUGAAUUGAAUUAAA